UUUUAAGGAGUGCUCCUCCCGGACAGCAGGGGGCGCUGUGAUGUCCCGCCAACGAGCUUUUCCAGAGAAUAAGGAAGUGCAGUGUGUCCAGAGCCGCACAGACGGAGGACUGAACACUAAUAAUGGGCUUCGUCAAAGUGGUGAAAAACAAAGCGUACUUCAAGAGGUAUGAGGUCAAGUUCAGGAGGAGGAGAGAGGGGAAAACGGACUUUUAUGCUCGCAAGCGCCUGGUUGUUCAAGACAAGAACAAGUACAACACCCCCAAGUACCGGCUGAUCGUCCGCUUCUCCAACAGGGACAUCUGCUGCCAGAUUGCUUACUCAAAGAUUGAAGGUGACCACAUCGUGAGUGCAGCGUACUCCCACGAGCUUCCCAAAUACGGCAUCGCGGUCGGACUCACUAACUAUGCUGCGGCGUACUGCACCGGGCUGCUGCUGGCUCGCCGGUUGUUGCACAAGUUUGGGAUGGACCACGUCUACGAGGGCCAAGUGGAGGUGACGGGCGACGAGUUCAACGUGGAGAGCGUGGACGGACAGCCGGGGGCCUUCAGCUGUUACCUAGAUGCUGGUCUGGCCAGAACCUCCACAGGAAACAAGGUGUUUGGAGCCCUGAAGGGCGCCGUGGACGGAGGACUAUCGAUCCCUCACAGCCUGAAACGCUUUCCAGGUUACGACGCAGAGAGCAAAGAGUUCAACGCCGACAUGCACCGCAGGCACAUCCUGGGCAUGAACGUGGCCGACUACAUGUCCUACCUGAUGGAGGAGGACGAGGAGGCCUACAAGAAACAGUUCUCUCGCUUCAUAAAGAACGGAGUCACGCCAGACGCGGUGGAGGAAAUGUACAAAAAGGCACACGCUGCAAUCAGAGCAAACCCGGUCCACGAAAAGAAACCCCAGAAAGACGUCACCAAGAAGAGAUGGAAUCGAGCCAAGUUAACUCUGGCACAGAGGAAAGACCGCGUCGCUCAGAAAAAGGCCAGCUUCUUACGAGCGCAGGAACAGGAAGCGGGCGAUGGUUAGCCCCCCCCCACUGCACACACAUCACGAGAUAAUAAAUCCGCCUCAAACUCUA